AUGCAGGCACCGUCAGACUACAACUACUCCCUACCUUCGGGCCCGAGUAUGCAUGCUUCUGCGUCGUCUGCCCAACAGCGAAAACCUUCUUGGCAGUCCCAGCGACUGUCCACCCGCUCUGGAAAGUCGGGCCAUGCUCUGUCGCCGCGACACUCGGCCUCCUCCGUGCAUGCACGGGAUGCUAGGCGUGAGGGGUCCCAACAGCAGCAGCAAGAGCAGCUGCGCCGGGCAUCGCUUUCGGCAUCUGCACACUCGUCCCAGUCUGAGUGGUGGCGGGUACAUCUAUUCCGCGGCAUGAUCUGUGAUCUCAAGCGCAGAGCCCCCUAUUAUUGGAGCGAUUGGACUGACGCGUGGGACUAUCGCAUUGUGCCAGCCACUGUGUACAUGUAUUUUGCUAAUAUUCUGCCCGCUCUGGCUUUCUCCCUGGAUAUGUUUGAGAAAACAAACCAGAGCUUCGGUGUCAAUGAGGUUCUGCUCGCGUCUGUUCUCGGUGCUGUAGUUUUUGCUGUCUUCGCAGCUCAGCCCUUGGUUAUUGUUGGGGUUACUGGUCCCAUUACUGUGUUCAAUUACACUGUUUACGAUAUCAUCACGCCCCGGGGUACACCUUACCUGCCUUUUAUGUGCUGGAUCGGCAUCUGGUCUUUGAUUAUGCACUGGGUUCUGGCCAUCACCAACGCUUGCAACGGACUUACUUACGUCACCCGCUUUUCGUGCGACAUUUUCGGCUUCUAUGUCGCCUUCAUCUAUCUCCAGAAAGGUAUCCAGGUUCUUACUCGGCAAUGGGGCGCUGUUGGGGAAACCUCAGCCUACUUGGCCAUUAUGGUGGCGCUCCUUGUCCUCAUGGCUGCGUGGAUCUGUGGGGAGUUGGGGAACAGCAACCUCUUUCAAAGAUCUGUGCGAAAGUUCCUCGAGGACUAUGGUACCCCGUUGACCAUUAUCUUCUUCACUGGCUUCGUGCACUUUGGCCACAUGCGAGACGUAGAUGUCUCCACCCUGCCGACUAGCAAGGCUUUCUUCCCCACGCUCGAUCGGCCAUGGCUAGUCCAUUUUUGGAAUCUUGAUGCUAAGGAUAUCUUCCUGGCCAUUCCAUUCGCCCUCCUCCUCACAAUCCUUUUCUACUUCGAUCACAAUGUCUCGUCCCUCAUUGCUCAGGGUACGGAGUUCCCCCUUCGAAAGCCUGCUGGCUUCCACUGGGACCUCUGGCUGCUCGGCCUCACUACUUUUAUCGCCGGCCUUCUUGGAAUUCCUUUUCCCAAUGGACUCAUUCCUCAAGCUCCUUUCCACACUGCUGCUCUCUGCGUCACCCGCCAGGUGGCAGAUGAAGAUGACACAAACAAGGGCAAAGCUAUCCGAGUCACGGACCACGUAGUAGAACAGCGAGUCAGCAAUUUUGCCCAGGGGCUUUUGACCCUCGGUACGAUGACCGGACCGCUUCUCAUUGUUCUCCACCUGAUCCCGCAAGGCGUCAUGGCCGGCCUGUUCUUCAUCAUGGGAGUCCAAGCUCUCCAGGGCAAUGGCAUUACGCAGAAACUGAUAUUCCUCGCUCAAGACAAGAAUUUCACAUCAGCAUCCGAUCCCUUGAAGAGACUCAAGCGCCGUACCGCCAUCUGGGUGUUUGUUAUUAUUGAAUUGCUUGGCUUCGGUGCUACUUUUGCCAUCACCCAGACUAUCGCUGCUAUUGGGUUCCCUGUCAUCAUUCUCCUGCUGAUUCCGGUGCGAUCAUUCCUCUUCCCGCUCUGGUUUACCCGAGAGGAGCUGAAUGCGUUGGAUGCACCCACUGCCAGUCCUUUCACCAUGGAAAGUGUUGGCGGUACCCAUGGCUUGGAGGAGGAAGAGUCUACGGAUGCGACGCCCAGUGGGGCGGACAUCUCUUCAAGUGAUGGCAACGGGGUCCUGGGGGGCCGGCAUUCCUCAUCCCAGGAAUCUCCAGUCGAGGACAGUGAUUUGGAAAGAGGAGAGGCAUACGAGCUUCGAUCGACUGUUCGUCGACGCAGUACCACCAGUCGGGUUGACUAA